AUGUCUUUUGAAAUAACCCGGUUACUGGGGACGAAGACGUCGAUAAGCGUCCCCAAGGAUCAGGAGAAGGUCCUCGACAGGCAUGGCAUGGGCGCCGUGCGGUCCGACGACUACCCCAUCAGUGUAGACGAUGUCUCUAGCCGUGUGCUCUCCUCCUUGACAGAGGCCCGCGUCAACAACCAGAAACGCGACUGGACUGCGGCCGGACUGAAAGAGUCAGGCGGGCCCAAGGAAAAGAAGAAGAGUCGGCCAAACGACGACGCCGUCACCGACGCCGACACCGACGAAGCUGUGAACGACAGCAGACCAUCAGGCCAAGAGACAACGCAGGAGCCCGCAGCUGCUGCAGGCAGGGAGCCUGCAGCCGCGAGAGAUGCGUCGCAGACGACAGCGGUGGAAGACGGCACCGGGGCGACGCAGAAGUCCUCCCAUCCUGCCAACAGGGGGUCCUCCUCGCCAGUGAGGUCGCAGCCCGAUAAUGCCGAGGAGCAGCAGACAGCCCGGACGGCCGCCAAGCCCCGAUCGAAAACAAAGCCCCAGAGCCUCGCGCCCGUCAUCCACCUGCCCUCGAGCAUGGAGGAGCCAGAAGACCUAGAGGUCCAAGUCCCCGUAGCCCGAGGCCAGCAGCAGGAGGCGGUCCCGACUUCGAAGGCAGACGACGACUCGAAAUCGCCCGACAAGACGCCCAGGGUGCGACAGCGCACCGCCAUGGAGACGCCGCCGUGCGCGCAACCCAGCCAGACCAGCGUGAUCCCAGGAACGGUGGCACGUGACGCAGGCUCCGACGAUCGGAACAACGGUGGCAGCAAGGACCUGGAUAUGUAUCGCCGCCGCUCCAAGCGCAUGAAGCCCAUCGAGUUCAGCGAUGACCCGAUGGAUACCGGCGCGGACGUGAGGUCUGCCAACCCGUCGACGUCGUUCCAGCGCAUGGCCCCGACGAUCGGUGUCGAGCACGGAGGGGGACUGUCCGUCCAGAGGAACGGUGGAGUCAUGGUGAAUGAGCGGCGCCAGGUGGCAGCUACCCCCUCGCCGUCGAGGGCGAACGGACCGGUGGCGGGCGGGCGCGAUGAGCUCAUGCACGAGCCGGGGGAAGAUGAGGCGCAAGCCGCAGAGACGAGGUCGCAUACCCGGCAAUACUCGACCCCCGCCCAGGGGUCAGGCCAAUACGCCUCCACCCCGGCACACCACCAGCAGCAGCAGCAGCAGCAGCAGCAAUACACACCAGGGGACCCCCGAGGCGACGACGGCGCCCUGGAGCCCUUUGAAAUGUUCCUGACAACCUACCCGAGCUACAUAACGCAGCACUCGGGCAGCCUGGCCCUCUUCGUCAAGGCGUGCAUGUGCCUGGACCACAUGGCCAAGCACCGGUCCCUGCACCGGUGCCUGUGGGACGACUUCAUCCGCGCCUUCUCGGCGCAGUACCUCGACUACGUGCGCGACGCGACGGACCCGCUGGUCGCGAGCGACUGGUACAACGACCGGGACGAACUGCCCCUGUUCUCGGCCCAGGUCGUGCGCAAGGAGAACCUGGGCGCCAUCCUCGAGCUGUACUCGGACGAGGUGGCCAAGGCGAAGAGGUACGUGGUCGGGGGCGGCGGUGACGGCGGCAGGGGACGCAGACGCCGAUGGACGGUCGACCGGUCAUCCGGCGCCGCCGACACCACCAUCAAUACAGACACCCCCCGGGCCCGGGCCGUGACGCAGCCCCAGGCCGUCGCACCGGUCACGUUCGGCUCCGGCAGGCCAUCGCCGACGCUCAGCUUCCGGGCAUCGCCGACGUGGCGGAGGGACGGGGGAAGUCGGAGCUCGGACCUCGUGCGUACCGGUGGCGAGGCGCACAAGGACGACGACGGCGGCGGGGGCAGCAGUCCGGCCGUCCCCGUCGCGGAGACGCCGACGGCCGCAGCGAACCCCUCUGGCUCCGGCUUCCGGGGGUCGACCUCGACGUUCGGAAGGUCCACGCCUGCAGCUGCGCCGGCGCCACCGCCCUCAUCGGCCGGGUCAUCCACACCACGCCUGGCGCGGGAAUACUUUAGGAGCCUGGGAAGACGUAGGAGUGUCAAGGACCAGGAGAAGGUUGAUGAUCUCAUCCGCAAUGCAUUCAAGGGGAGGCGUUCCAAUGGGUUCUAG